AUGGAUAGUUGGAUUAUUUACUUCUUGAUUGCUCUAGUCACCUUGUGUCUCUUCAAAUACACUUUUCUUGGAUAUUACGCCAAAGUGCUCUACUACGGGUUUUGCUUAGUGAUUGGAGGUAUGAUUGGUGGAGUUGUAUCGAUACCAUUUGGAAAAACCACAAACAAUCACUUUCGAAUGUUCAAAAUUUUCCAAUUUCUUUGUCAGCCUUUGGGUGUGAAGUAUUAUUUGAGGAAUGCGGAAAUUCUUCAAGAUCCCAAGCCGUACAUCAUCAUUGCGAAUCACCAAAGCGCUCUUGAUGUGUUAGGAAUGUCUUAUGCGUGGCCAGUCAAUUGCGUUGUUAUGUUGAAGUCGAGCUUGAGAUUUCUUCCGGGAUUCAACUUGUGCGCCUAUUUAUGCGAAUCGGUCUACAUCAAUCGUUUUAGCAAGGGAAAAGCGAAGAAAACUGUUGAUAACACUUUGAAUGAGAUUGUCACAAAGAAACGCAAGGUUUGGAUCUACCCUGAAGGAACACGAAACUCCGAAGAAAAGAUGCUUCCGUUCAAGAAGGGUGCCUUCAUUCUUGCGAAACAAGCUAACAUCCCAAUUGUCCCUUGCGUAUUUUCGUCGCAUCGCUUUUUCUACAGCUGUGCUGAAAAACGUUUCACCAAUGGUCAGGUUAACAUUGAUAUUCUUCCGGAAGUCGAUUCCUCAAAAUUUGAAACAGUUGAUGAAUUGUUGGAGCAUUGCUACAGGAUUAUGCAAGAGCAUCGCGAGAAAAUGGAUCAAGAACUCCUCAGUGCCAAUAAAUAA